CCUCUAUCUCCCCGUUUGAACGAUGCAUCUCGAUGAUGGUUUUGUCCUCGAAGUUGUGCCUCACCUGAUCGAUUUCCCCUCUAAUUUACCAGCAGACUUUUGUUGGACCAGAAGAUGUAGUUGCAAACAAAUUGUUGUUCAUAAAGAUAGUCCUAGAGGUGUACAUUUCCGGCGAGCCGGUCCGAGAGAUAAUUACACGGGUGGGUUAGGUGGUGCAUGUGCUUCAUCACUCGCAUACGGGUGGGACCCACUUUAUGGUCACAACACGUGGCGCAGCAUGGAUUUGUAUUUUAAGCCUGAAGAAGUGCGUGCUUGCAUAGUGACAUGCGGGGGCUUAUGUCCAGGGCUCAAUACAGUGAUUCUAUGGAGUUGGUGAUGUACAUGGAAUUAUG